AUGGCUGCCAACGGCAUCACCACGAAGGCACUCAAGCAACGUACAAGGCCGGACCAAGAGACGCUACCACCACACAAGUACUACGACAAUCGCUCUACUUUGUUACAGAGUCUGCGGCAGAAUACACAUGAGAAUGGCAUAUAUUCUUCGUUCAUCCCCAAUCUCCUGGACCUUGACACAUUUCGCGCUCGCCACGAGUCUAUCGCGACUGGCCACCAGCUCGAAGACGUAGAGUACACGAUACGUGGACGUAUCGUCACUAUGCGUAGCGCAGGAGAGCGUCUGCGCUUCUAUGAAGUUCAGGUGGGCGAAGAUAAGAUACAGGUCGUGUGCCAGGUGACCGAACGCGACGACAUUGAAGCAUACAAGCAGCAACACGAACACCUCGCCAGAGGCGACCAAAUCGGUGUAAUCGGCCAUCCAGGACGAACAGCCCCACGAAACCGACCCGUAGGCGAACUCUCGCUCUUCGCUCACAAGGUCAUCCUGCUAGCACCCAGCCUACACAUGCUGCCCAAGACGCUCACCGACGCCGAGACGCGACACCGCGACCGACCCCUCGAUUUCAUUACGAACCGACGCAGCCGCGACAUGCUGCGCACCUGGGAUGCGGUGGAAGCUUACAUCACUACGUUCCUGCGCAGCCGCGGCUACAUCUCAGUCGUAACACCCAUCCUCUGCCAGCAAGCCGGCGGUGCAGCAGCCAAGCCCUUCAUCACCCACCACAACGAUCUCAAGCGAGACAUGUACCUCCGGACUGCUACUGAGCUCCAUCUCAAGCCUCUAGUCGUUGGCGGCAUUGAUCGCGUGUUCGAGAUCGGACGUGUGUUUCGCAAUGAAGAUAUGGAUCUGACUCAUAACCCCGAGUUCACAAGCUGCGAGUUCUAUCAGGCGGAUGCUGAUUAUGAGGUUAUGAUGCAGUUGACACAGGAGAUGAUUUCUGGUCUGGUGAAGAGUGUGACGGGUUCGUAUGUGACUAGGUUCACUAGUCAGACUGGUGAGGAGAGGAAUAUUAAUUGGGAGGGGCCAUGGGAGCGCAUCGACAUGAUUCCAGCCCUAGAGGCUGCCUGCGCUGUCAGUUUUCCUCCUCCACCCGAACUUCACACCGAAGAAAGUCGGCAAUUCCUUCUCGGCCUCUUGAGUGACCGUAACAUCGUUUGUUCACCUCCGCAUACAAACGCCCGUAUGCUCGACAAGCUCGUCGGAGUCUACAUCGAAUCGCGCAUUACAAACCCGACAUACAUCAUCCACCACCCUAAGCUCAUGUCUCCACUAGCUAAGACGCAUCGCGCAAUCUCUGGUCUCACGGAACGAGCCGAAGCCUUUGUCUGCGGCCAGGAGAUUUGCAACCUAUACUCCGAACUCAACGACCCGUUUGAGCAGCGCGAGCGCUUCCUAGAGCAGGCUCGACAGAAGGCUCAAGGUGAUGACGAGGCGCAGAACAUUGAUGAGGGGUUCAUCAAGGCGUUGGAGUAUGGAAUGCCGCCCACGGCUGGGUGCGGGCCGGGACUUGAUCGCAUCUUGAUGUUUUUGACGAACAAUUACUCGAUCAAGGAGGUUUUGGCGUUUCCGAUGAUGAGAGAGGAGGAAAAGAAGGUGCAAAACGUCGAUCCUCCACUCAAUGAAAUCCUACCAUCCCGAAGCUUGACGCACACCCCUCUUAGUAGGCAUGGUCUCCUGCUCUUCAGUUCCUGA